AUGGCCACCCUCGCGGACCGCAAGGACAACAAGGCCAAGGAUGGCAAGAGCAAGAAGAAGGGGCGCAUCUUCGUCGACUGGGAGAAGAUCGGCGCCGUCCAGGUGACGCCCGAGGGCGGCAAGUACGCCGAGUGGCAGCUGGGCAUCAAGCCGACGCCCAAGCAGCGGCGCGAGAGCGACUGGGCGGGCCGCCUCGAGCGCCUGAGCACGGCCAUGUGCUACCUCACGGAGUGGUGCUGGGAGCCGCUCCUCGACAUGCACCCCGAGGACAAGAUCGCGACGCACGACAUUUUGGUCUUCGCGGACGAGAACGGCAUCUGCGCCGAGGUCGUCAAGGCGCUCAAGACGGAGUGGCCCGGCGGCGACGAGGACGACAUCGGCUACGGCUCCAAGUGGGGCCGCGGGGGCUGCGGCGCCGGCCGCGUCAAGGUCGUGAAGAAGUCCAUGGGCGAGCUCUCGGAGCGGAAGAUCAAGCGCGAGCUCGACCAGGGCUGGGACAUGGUCAUCGUCGGCUACGGCAUGGACCUGCCGAGCACGAACUCCGUCGAGGACGUCGCGAAGAAGCAGGCGGACACGCUCAAGUUCCUGUUCGACCUGGGCAAGAUCAUGGUCGCGGAUCCGGACCUCGUGAAGAAACUGGCCGUGCUCACGUCCGACGUCUUUUCGGACGCGAAGCAGCUCCACGACGAGUACGGCCUCGGCGUCGUCACGAACGCGACCUUCGAGGGCUUCCUCAACUGCCUCCGCGUCGAGCUGGAGACGCUGCCCAUCUUACAUCUGGACCUGGACUGGUACCUCGACGACGCGAUGAUGGAGCACGUCGCGUUGGAGUUGUUCCGGCCGGGCCUCUUCGGCGCGAACCAGGUGCGGCUCGGGGCCAAGGGCCGCUACUGCGCGCGCCUCAUGAGCCACCACAAGUACGCCGUCGCGCCCCAGAAGGACCAGCCCUGGCUCGACGAGACGACCAAGUUCGAGUCCUACCUCAAGCCCCACCUCUACACGGAGGGCGUCGUCGCGCUGUCGGGGGGCAACGGCGCGUUGGCCAUGGUCAUGACGCUUUUCCUCAUCGAGAAGAUGGGCGCCUCGAAGUCCUCCGCGACGACGAAGUUCCUGUUCCUGUCGCGGUCCGCGAAGAUCCCGGCGGAGCAGGAGUCCAUGUGGAAGAACGUGCAGGCGGCCAUCGCGGGCACGGCCAUGGUCGCGGAGCAGAUCAAGUGCGACGUGUCCAAGCCCGAGCUCGUCGAGGCCUUCGUCAAGGAGCACACGCCGAACCUCAAGGGCUUCGUCCACGCCGCGGGCAUCCUCCGGGACAACGUCCUCGAGAAGCAGGAGUGGUCCGACUUCGAGGCGGUCUUCGCGCCCAAGGCCAAGGGCGCGCUCUACGUCCACGACGCCCUGGAGAAGCACGAGAACCCGCUCCACUUCUUCUGGCUCUUCUCGUCGCUCGCGACGAUGGGCUCGCGGGGCCAGUCGAACUACGCGGCCGCGAACUCGUUCCUCAACGGUCUGGCGCGGCACCGCGUGGCGUUGGGCAAGCCCUGCUGCUCCAUCAUGUGGGGCGGCUGGGGCGAGGCGGGCAUGGCGGCGAACCUGCCCGCGUCCGUGAAGAAGCGCUACGCCGACGGGCCCCUGCCGCUCUUCUCGAACCGCGAGGCGCUCCAGGGCCUGGACGAGUCGCUCGCGACGGGCCUGUCGACGCUCGGCGUCUGGAAGUUCAACCCGGAGGCCCUCAAGGCCAUGAACGAGAUGGACGACGACGCGUCCGCGUCGCUCUACAUGCGCACCUACUACUCGCGCAUCUCGCCGCUCGAGUGCUACUUCUCCUACCCCUACGGCUGGAUGGACGAGUACACGGCCUGCGUCGACUUCCAGCGCAUCCAGGAGGACCGCGACGAGGUCGAGCAGCACCUCGUCGAGCCCCACUUCAAGUACACGGGGCUGCCGUUCCUCGACAAGGACCCGGAGACGCUCGACUCGCCGGGGCCCUCGUACGUCGGCCCGCAGGCCGCGGCGGAGAUCCGCGCGGAGUACCUCGCCUCCAACGUCGUCAACGACGGCCUCGCCUGGAUUGGACGCGACGCGAACCCCAAUAGAACCAUCUUCGUCAAUACGAUGUCUCUCCCGCCGCCCGGCCGACAACUGUCCGCCGACGCCGCGACCUACGAGUUCGAGCUCCAGCUCGACUACGCGUGCUGGGUCCGCGACUACGACCUGGUCCGCUCGACCCUGGACGCGAUGUACGAGCGGAAGGUCGAGAUGGAGCCGAACUCGCGCCUCAUGACCCGGUUCAAGAUCAACGUGACGGCGCAGCAGAUCGUGGACGCCUCCGAGAAGACGUACGACACCGUGCGCCUCGCGCUCGAGGGCCUCGCGGAGACGCUGCUCGAGCUCGGCGUCCACCCCUGGACCAAGGACGCGGACGCGGCGCUCGAGGGCCUGCGCGACAUGGGCGCGAUCCUCGCCUGCAAGGAGUCCGUGGGCGGCGACGGCGGCGUGUCCGCGGAGCUCCUCGGCGCGAAGCUCGACGUCGUCUACGAGACCGACAAGUUCAAGUCGCCGCACCCCAUGUCCCACGGCUACGUGCGCAGCAUCGCGCUCAAGAAGGCGCGCGUCAUGAAGGCCGCGCGCCUCGAGGACCCCAACGAGCGCACGGGCGCGCUCCGCGAGGAGCUCGGCGGCGUCGUCGACGACUCGGCGCUCGCCGCGGCCGACGAGCUCCUCCGCGGCGUCGAGGACCGCUACCUCGCGGCGCCGCGGCUCUUCGCCAUGUUCGAGGACGCGGCGGCGCGCGAGCCGCGGCGCGCCAUCGUCGCCGAGGGCCGCGCGGCGCCCGCGGCGCCCGCGGCGCCGCGGUACCGGCCGCCGCCGACGCCGCCGGCGAUCGGCGCGCCCAUGCCCGCGCCGGCGACGGCGGAGCUCCAGGGCGCGCGGGGCCGGACCUUCCCCGCCGACGACGCCUUCGAGGUCGCGGCGCCGCCGCCGCGGUCGCCCGCGCCGCGCGCGUCGCCCGCGCGCUUCGCGUCGCCCGCGCGGUCGCCCGCGGCGCCGCCGCCGCGCGCGUCGCCCGCGCGGUCGCCCCUCGCGCCCCGGGCCGGGGGCUCGCGGGCCGCGUCGCCCGCGGCGCCCCGGUCCAGCGCCAAGAAGAAGCGCCGCGCGAGCCUCAUGGACGACUCCGACGACGACGACGAGGUCGAGUCGCCCGAGCGCGGCCAGUCCACCAAUUUGCUGGGCGCCAAGGCGCCGGACCGCGCGAAGACGCUCGCGGGCUCGCGGCGGCGCAACCGCUGGACGGCCGACGAGGAGCGCGCGCUCCGCGACGGCAUGCGCACGUACCCGAACCAGUGGGCGAAGAUCCGCGACGAGUUCUCGGUGCUCAAGAAGAGCGGCCGCACGGGCCAGGACCUCCGCGACAAGUGGCGCAACAUGAACAAGGGCGCCGCGCCGCCGGCGCCCGACGACGACGACGACGACGACGACGACGCGCCGGACGAGGGCGCGUGGCUCUCGCGCGCGGCCAAGGCCGCGUCGCCGGCCAAGGCCAAGUCGCCCGCCAAGGCCAAGUCGCCGGCCAAGGCCAAGUCGCCGGCCAAGUCGCCGGCCAGGGACGACUGGACGGGCGAGGACUGGACGGACAAGGCCGCGGCCUGGUGCACCAAGUUCCUCCGCCGCGAGAAGGGCGCGAAGGUCCACAUGAGCAAGAUCCGCGAGGAGUUCGCCGCGUCGGCGUCGCUGCCCCGCGCCGCCGUCGCGCUCCGCGAGCAGCUCGCGAACCCCAAGAGCGGCGCGUCCAAGGCCUUCAAGAAGGCCUGCGCGAGCGUCGUGCCCGAGGACAAGCUCAACAAGCAGACCGUCAUCGGCGGCGUCAACCAGCUCGGCCUCGACGACUACUUCCUCGCGACGGGCGAGGGCCUCCCGGAGCCGCCGCGGCCCUCGCCGAAGCGCAAGUCGACGGCGGGCGAGCCCCGGAGCGCCAAGUCCCGCAAGGUCGAGUCCGAGUCCGACGACGACGACGACGACGACGACGACGAGCCGCCGCCGCCGAAGCGGUCCUCGCGCCUCGCGGCGCUCCAGAACAAGUAG